AUGGUGGGAAACUUGGAGGAGGCGUUGGUGAAGGUGUUGGCUUCGAGAUGUGGCAGCAACAGAUUAGCAAUGCGCAAACAAAGCUUUGAUGCUGCAAUAGCAGUUGUUGCUCUCCAGAGGCUCGUCAUUGCCAAUGGGCUGCGGGAGGCGGUGGCGCCACCACCUCCGCCGCCUCCUCCUGCCUACUCCGUCAGGCCCAGAGAGCUUGGAGGUUUGGAGGAGCUGUUCCAAGCUUAUGGGAUCAGAUACUUCACUGCUGCCAAAAUAGCUGAGCUUGGAUUCACGGUGAACACACUCUUGGACAUGAGGGAUGAAGAGCUUGACGAGAUGAUGAACAGCCUUUGUCAGAUUUUCCGGUGGGACCUCCUUGUUGGGGAGAGAUACGGCAUCAAAGCCGCCGUCAGAGCAGAGCGGCGCCGCCUCGAUGAGGAGGAAGCACGGCGGCGCCACCUCCUCUCUGGCGACACCACACAUGCCCUUGACGCACUGUCUCAAGAAGGGUUGUCAGAGGAGCCGGUGCAGCAGGAGAAGGAGGCGGCGGGGAGUGGCGGGGGAGGGGUGUGGGAGAUGGUCGUGGCGGCGGGUGGAAGGAAACAGCGGAGGAGGAAGAAUUACAAGGGCCGGUAGAAUGGCUUCGAUGAUGAGAAGGAGGGAGCGGAGGAUGACGAGAAUUGCGGCGGAGGGGGAAGCGAGCGGCAGAGGGAGCACCCGUUCAUCGUGACGGAGCCAGGGGAGGUGGCGCGUGGGAAGAAGAACGGCCUUGAUUAUCUCUUCCAUCUCUAUGAGCAGUGCCGUGAGUUCUUGAUCCAAGUCCAGAGCAUAGCCAAGGAGAGAGGAGAAAAAUGUCCCACCAAGGUGACAAACCAAGUGUUCAGGUAUGCAAAAAAGGCAGGGGCCAACUACAUCAACAAGCCCAAGAUGCGGCACUAUGUGCAUUGCUACGCCCUGCACUGCCUUGAUGAGGAGACGUCCAAUGCUCUGAGGCGGGCUUUCAAGGAGAGAGGAGAGAAUGUCGGGGCAUGGAGGCAAGCAUGUUACAAGCCCUUGGUGGCCAUAGCAGCAAGACAGGGAUGGGACAUUGAUGCCAUCUUCAAUGCUCAUCCCCACCUCUCCAUUUGGUACGUCCCCACAAAGCUCCGCCAGCUCUGCCAUGCCGAGAGGAGCAGUGCCGCUGCCUCCAGCUCCAUCACUGGUGGCGGGGCUGAUCAUUUGCCAUUCUAAUGUACGUGUGUAUGUUUGAGUUGUAAGCUCUAGUUUACUUGUGAUCUAUGAGAGAUGGUAGUUCCUUUCAAUUUGCCCAGUGUAAAGGUAACUUAACCUUUUAGUCGUGGUAGUAGUACUAGUACUGUUUUGACCUAUUAUGUUUGUCCACCACAGCUAAGUCAUGACUAAUAUCAUGCUCGCCUUACACAUGCGCGAGAACAUACAGAAACCCUUUUGGUUUCUACAUCUAGGCACCAAUCUCAAAUUCUAAUGGAUAUGAAAUCACUUUGCAAAAUUUAUAAUGAAACAAAUAAUGUCCAAACACUUGCAGAAACGACAUACAGUGAUAUGGAGUAUAUUUCUUGAUUCUGAGUCUCGCCAGUUUUCCUGAUUAAAUAUGUAAAUGAAGUUUGAACGGCGACAUCAACAAGGAAGUGUGGUAAGCCAAUCUGAGAUCGAGACUCUGCUGGUCAAGAGGAAUGAGUCGGGUAUCUCCACAAUACAUCAGCCCAUGUGCUCACCCCAUCAGUAACCUCCUUAACCACAGAUGCCACCUCG